AUGACCUCCCUCUCUGAGACUGAUUCACCUGCCACGCGAAGAAAUCUCUCCAGAUCCGUGGCUGAGUUCUUCUCCAAGCUAAGACCCAGUAAGCGACCGGAGCGUGGUGGUACCUUUCGGCCGACGACAGAGGACUUCGAGGCGCACCAGCCGGUGGAACCGGCGUCGCCAGUGCUCUCUCGGAGCUGCGAAAGGAAGAGCCCCAGCUCCCUAAGCCGUCACGACCCGGACACGAUCCCGGCCAGCCGUUGGAACACGCCCACCACCCCGCCUCGGAGGGCACGCUCGCGUGACCUCCUCGUCGCACGCCGCGCCCUCCGCCGACGGCGUCAGCACACGCUCAUCUCGAGCGGCGACUUCCUCGGCGUCACUGGCGCGAACCCUUACACGGGCGAGCCCGACGUCAUCACGCCACCCACGCCCUCCGACGACGCCAUCGUCACGACCUCGUCGUCGUCCUUAUUACCGCCUCCUCCACCACCUUCUCAUCUUGGAAGCGGCCACUUGGACCACCAACAGGUGCGGGACUUGGACAGCCUCGUGGUCGUUCCCGUGGAUCUCCGCCAGCUUUCCGAGGGCUGCAGAGCUCAACGAAUGUCCAGCGACCGGAUCCCGAAGUUGCACGAGUUGGGUUUGAUAGACUUGUCGAAAGGGAGUCAACCCUGCGUCGCGGACAGCCCCCGCGGCGGGAACGGCCUCAAGAUCAAGGGGCGUCCAAGAGAGAUCGUUCAUGGCCUGGGCCGGGCACUCCAAUCUGCUUGCACACGCACCACCACCACUACUGGCUUCGGACAGCGACACGAUCAGCCUCGCCACCGCACCACCGCCCAUCCUUGCGGCGCGAUGCGAGACAGGUGGCACGAAGCUCCUCCGGAUCUGGGAGCCUCGAUGCCCAAAGCGCACUCACAGUCAACAUCGCCCCCGUUCCCGACCACGACGCUCAACGACGUCUGUUUCACUCGGCCGGUUUCCCCCGGCAGCGUGCGACUGAGCGUCUGGCCGAAUCUCGACGGCCGGGAUCCGCGGAGAGCGACGGCAGCGGCAAUACCAAAGGAGGCGGAACGAUGCCGGGGACUGGGAAGUCCUUCCCUCCUUCCGCAUCUCGUACUCGAAGCAGGCAGCGAUACUACGUCGUCGUUGACCGACCAAGAGACGACAGUCCCCGUCCAGGGGCAUCAGUACUCCGCGACCGUCGGCCAGCCCGCAACAAGGGACGAGAAUCGCUCACCCCGACAACGAUAUUGGAGAAUGAGGGAAACGAUGCGCAAGCCGGCCGCUCCAGGGGAGACGAAUCUCGACGACGAAGUCGAUACCGGCGCGUCAUCACCCACGUACACACGCACGUCCAUAUGCUGUAUCACGGAGCAGCCUCGAACGUCGCGGUCAGCGAUACCACCACGGAAACACGGGAACCAGACGUUUGCGCGCGGCGCAGCGCGGACAGCCUUUGUCCAUUACGUAGAGACAACGACCACGAACACGACAAUAGUGCCGAAGCCGAUUUCGGCCCCGGGCAUCAGCUGUUGUCGUCGCCAGGGACGUGCAGCGGAAAUGACAGCAAAAAAACCCGACCACAUCGGAGAGGCGGCAGAGAGGGAGGGAAGGCUGGGGAGGUACAAGGGGGAACAGGGGCGGGGGAUUGUGAAAGGGAAGGAAAGAGGGAAUCGGGAAGCAAAGAGCAAAGAAGAGCAAAUGGAAAAGGGGGCAGACAUGACGAACAGAAAGAAAGGCACGAGCUCCCCUGAGGUCAAGUACUGGGCUCGACACGCGAUGGUGGUGUUGGCGAGAGUGUUGAGCGCGUACUGGCAGGUGGUGAGCCCCGUGUUUAACGGAGAUUCGGACCUCAGAAAACGGCUCGACAAAUCUCGGGCGACCCGUGGGGACGUGGUUGGAGUCGAAAGCCGUCCAGUGCCAGGAUUGCCGUCCUCGUCGGCAUCGUGA